AGUCCACUGAGACUCCGACAGGCAAGGAGGCUGAUAGCGAGGCGAGAGGAUAGCGAGGGUCUUGUCACGGGGAUCCGGGCGACCGGGCAGCUCUGGUGGUGUCUGGGGAGUCCCAGGGGGGACAGCCAGUGUCACCGCCCGGGAGCCCGGCGCCGUCGGCCGCGGGGAACCCCGCUGCUCUCUCCCAGCGAGGGAGGGGGCCGGAGGGAGCCCCGGUCUCGCCCCGCCCCUGGGCUUGUUACCGCGGGGGCGGGGAGUAAGGGUUUCUUCUGGGGGGAGUGGAGAUCGGGGGACUCGGCGGUGCCCUCUCGAGCGGCGGCCGUGUCCCCGCGGCGCCGGGCUGCCGAGCGGAGGAGCGGCGGUCGUGGCUGUUGCAUGUGUGGUUGCUGGAUGCGGAGGCGGCGGCGGCGGCGGCGGCGAGGAGCAGCAGCGGCGGCAGGAUGUUAGGGCAGCAGCAGCAGCUGUACUCGUCGGCCGCGCUCCUGACCGGAGAGCGGAGCCGGCUGCUCACCUGCUACGUGCAGGACUACCUGGAGUGUGUGGAGUCGCUGCCCCACGACAUGCAGAGGAACGUGUCGGUGCUGCGGGAGCUGGACAACAAAUACCAAGAAACUUUAAAGGAAAUUGAUGAUGUCUAUGAAAAAUAUAAGAAAGAAGAUGAUUCAAACCAGAAAAAACGCCUACAGCAGCAUCUCCAGAGAGCAUUAAUCAAUAGCCAGGAAUUGGGAGAUGAAAAGAUUCAGAUUGUCACACAGAUGCUGGAAUUGGUGGAAAACCGAGCCAGACAGAUGGAGCUGCAUUCACAGUGUUUCCAAGAUCCUGCUGAAAAUGAGCGGGCCUCAGACAAAUCCAAGAUGGAUUCCAGUCAGCCCGAAAGAUCUUCCAGAAGACCUCGAAGACAGCGGACCAGUGAGAGCCGAGAUUUAUGUCACAUGACAAACGGGAUUGAUGACUGCGAUGAUCAGCCACCGAAAGAAAAGAAAUCCAAAUCCGCCAAGAAGAAAAAGCGCUCCAAGGCCAAGCAGGAGAGGGAAGCGUCACCUGUUGAGUUUGCCAUAGAUCCCAACGAGCCCACCUACUGCUUAUGUAACCAAGUGUCUUACGGGGAGAUGAUAGGCUGUGACAAUGAACAGUGUCCCAUUGAGUGGUUUCACUUUUCCUGCGUUUCACUCACCUAUAAACCAAAGGGGAAAUGGUAUUGCCCAAAGUGCAGGGGAGACAGUGAGAAAACCAUGGACAAAAGUACUGAAAAGACAAGAAAGGAGAGAAGAGCGAGGUAGUGAAGGCCAUCCGGUUUUAAAGGGUUCUUUGUCUUUUAUAUAAUUGCUUUACUUUCAGAAAAUGUUUUAGGGUAAAUGCAUAAGACUAUGCAAUAAUUUUUAAUCAUUAGUAUUGAUGGUGUAUUAAAAGUUGUUGUACUUUGUCUGUGACCUUAAUUUUCUGCACUGAAUUACCAAAUAUUUUCAGCCAGAUAGUCUUGUGAGGACCCGAUGAAAGGAACAGGCAGUUUCCCAAGCCACGCCUAUCCCAGCCCCACCUCGAACUCCCAUGCUGGCUGGGGGUGGUAAACCCAAAAGUUUUGCUAACAUUUUAUUUUAGUUCUGUGUGCUUAAGAAUUUCAUGUAUUGUUGGAUUUCUCUGUCAAAUUAUCUUGGUAAUUUCGAACAUGAACACUAUCCUGUUUA